GGGUAUUGGAAGAGAGUAACCAGCCAGACGCUCUAGAGACUCAACUCGCACACUAUACAUCGUAUGACGACAUCGGUAAUGGUACCCACAUGAUGGCUGCACUCAUCCGACUCCUUCCUCUAUUUGGCGGAGAUCCGAACCUAGUCCACAUCAUUACUUUCAUCAAUGAUACGGGGUCGUCCUUCCUAAGCUUGGACCCAUAUGAUCUGCUUGCUAUUGGCCACACCCCCUACUAUGCGGGAAAUCUUGGGCUUACUGAAGUGCUGACUGCUAAUGGCACUGUGCUAAGAGACAGAGUAAUGGUUCAAAUGCAGCUCCUUGACGCUCUCGGAAACCCCAUAUCUGAUUGGUUCGUUGAGGAUGCAGUUCAAGCCCCGUUAUUUCCAGGUACCGAGCGUUUGUCAGGCCACAAGAUGCGAAACUUUGUACUUUGGCACUGCUCCUGGGAAUGGCAGUCUUCAUGUUGCUGAGAAAAAACACGGACUUGUCAGACAGCUCCCCACUGUGUAGUGUUCUCUGCAUGAUACUUUCUGUACCUGUCUUUCUCUGUGUCUGUCUGCUCCUCUCUUCCCCCUCUUUUCUUCUUUUUUUUUUAUUUUUUUUUAUGUCUGACCCAGGGGAGAAGGGAGAUACUGGAAGCGAAUCUUGU